GCACUCAUUUUAACUCUGUCGAUCAUACAUAAUGUUUCGUAAUAGCUGCUAAAAAAUAAGUUUAUUAAUAGAAAUGGCCCCUGGAUUAGAAACCUUGAAAAGAGGUAGCAUCCAACUCCAAAGAGUAGCCCAAAAAGUUGUCAACGAUCAAAUUGGGUCUAGGCAUGUUCUGGCGGUGUUUGUAGUCACAGGUUUUGUCCUUUGCGGCGUAGUUGAACAAAGCGCAUCAGUGGCUUUAAGGGCAAAUAGUACUUCCAGUUAUUCAGCAGCUGAAUUUGCAGAAUAUGUUGAAAACACCAGUUAUAUAACACGAUAUUGUCAACCACCUUCUAACAAAUCGGUAGUCCACGUUGUGCGAUCAAUUCCACACAUUGAGAUUCCAAUGACCCGAACUGAUGAAACUGAAGCUGUGCUAAGACAAGCUUUCAUGUGGGGAAGUCUCGUAUCACCAUUAGCAGCCAGUAGGGUGGCAGCGAGAGUCGGAGCAGAACGGUUAUUUGGUGCUGGGGUUCUUGGAACCGGAGUUGUGGCAAUUAUGGUACCAGCGUCGUGGUUAACACCUAGUCAUGUUGCUAUCAGAAUAGUUCAAGGCAUUUUUGUGGGUGCCACCUUUCCGGCAGCUCACAUGUUGGCAGUAACUUGGAUCAAAACCAAACAUGUCAGUGCGUUUGUUUCUUUAUAUACAGCUGUUAACCUGGGUUAUGCAGUUGUGGGGAUUUUAGGGACGCUUCUGGUCAGGAGUUGUGGUCGUGAUUUUUUAAGUUAUGUUAUUGCAUUGUCAUCGUUUCUUUGGUACUUCUUGUGGUGGAGAUUUGUGGAAGAGAGUUUGCAUCCCAAUAGGCCCAAACGAGACGAACACAGAAACUUACCUUGGAGGCGACUACUCACUUCUAAACCAGCAUGGGCUUGUGGUAUCACAGUUAUAGGAAGUCAAUGGGCCGAUGCUACUCUCAUGUUGGGGGUCACAAAAUAUCUGAAACUAGUUUAUGGAUUUUCAAUCGAAUAUCAAGACAUCCUUCAAUCAUUACCCCACAUUGGGCAUUUUUUCGCCGCUAUCACUUUUGGAGUAGUUGUAGACCAUGUUAGACAAUCAGGAAUCGUAUCAACAACAACUGCAAGAAAAUUAUUCGUUUACAUUUCACAUUUCCCUCCUGCUGCUUUAAUGUUCGUUUUGGGUUACACAGGCUGCGAUCCUGCUGCUCCUGCAGCUCUCUACACUGCUGCUUUGGCCUUUACUGCAGCAACACCAGCUGGAGCUUUUGCAAGUGCAGCUGACAUUGCCCCAAAUUUUGCAGGGACGGUUUUUGGCCUAUGUCAGACUGUGGGGGCUGCUGGCCUUCUCGCAGCUAAUUACGUGGUGUCCGAAGGUUUACACGGUUCAUUUGCAGGUUGGUGGAGACUGGUUUUUGGGGUCUCCUCCGCUGUGCUUUUGACAACAGCUGCGUUUUUUAUGGCCAUGGGGAGCGGGUCAGUCCAGGACUGGAACGCUCCAGGUGAUAUAGAACCAGAGUUGGAACCAAUCGAAGAACCUUCAAGACUAGAUUCUGUUCUUGAGUAGACAAUGAAGGGAAAAUUGGAUCGUGCGACACCAUUAUUAUUACAUCAUGUAAAUUAGAAAAUGAAACCAUCUGAAUAUUCAUUAAUUGUUUUAUUGUAAUAAUAGAACAGUUCAAAAAGAAACGACAUGUAGAUAAGUUCCCACGUAAAGUAUUCACAUCUUUGGUAAUGGUUGCGCAAUAUUUACAUAAUUGAAGCAUGCAAUCU